GGUGAGCUUCUCUCGGAUAAAUCAAGCUUCAAGAGAGAGAGAGAGAAUGGAGGAUCAGGAUCUGUUGGGGAUGGGGGUGGGGGGAUUUCAGGAUAGACUCUGGAAGAUUGAACGUAGUCUUAUAACUGCAACAAAAAGUCUACACAAUCUGUCUGGAGAUUUUGAAUAUAUUCAAUCUUCGACUCGAGGAUUUCGUACUCUUCGUACUGCUCUCGAAGAGCAAUUAGAGAAACUCUCACGGUCUAACCCGGAGAUUCUACGCCAUGAUUUAUGUUCGAACGAGUUACAGAGGUCGACAAUUAACAUAGGCGAGAGUUUGGCGGGACUUUCUAGCUCCAAGAAAGAACUGAUGGUAUUGUUGGAGACUAUUAGCAAGGAAAUUUCCGCGGUCUAUAGCGAUUUGGAGGACAAUGAUGAACUCAUUAGAGGCAAAAAUCUUGAUCAGAGGUUGAAAGCGCGUCUAAAUGAUGUUAACAAAACUAUGAAUCGUGUGUCUGCCUCUUUAGAGGAUCAUAAGAAAAAAUUUGAUAUGCUUUGUAAAGAUAUUCAGACUUCAUCAGACGCAUUCAGCCCCUACCAAGAUGCUCUAUCUACCUCGCUGGUGUUUACCAUUUCCAAGCAAAUUCAUUUUCCUCUUUUAAAAAGAUUUCUGGGGAGUGAUGAGGAAAAAGCAAUGGGGAGCCUGACAGAUGCAGAGCUGCGCAUUGUUGAUGGGAUUCUCAAAUAUAUUCCAGUCUUGCAACUGAGACGCGUCAUGAAUACUAAUCCUCAUUCUGAUAUCACCAUCAUCAAGUGCUGGAACGGAGUUCUAUUUUCUUACUGGAAAGAAAAUAAGGAUCAUGUAACUGUGGAUGAAUUUGGGAACAGGUGGUCCUCAAAGAUGGGCGAUAUCAUAAACCAACUAGACCACGAGGUAUGCUGGGCAAUCGUUAUCGUUGACCUUGUUAGUGCUGUGAGACACAUCUUGAGACGCGACACCCAAAAAGUAAAAUAUUCUGCUCAAUAUCUUGUUGAUUUCACAAGAGCAAAUUCACGUUCACGUUCUAGUUCUAAAAAGAACAAACCCGGCCAUUCUUGUUACGCUUGUCCUGUUCUUGAGGGGUUGAAGUAUGUCCAAGAAAACGGAAUCGAAACGGAAGCAGCACGUCCCUUUGAUAAUGCUUUUUGCAAAAAAGAUUUUGAUCGAAGGAGUUCCUUGAACCUAGCGUACAUCGAGGAUGUGGUGAAAUUGCCGAGCAUUGAAGAAACAAUUAAAGUAUUGGAUAAGCAUCCUGUUGCAGCUACCAUACCUAUCUUCGAGCCAGAGUACUCAAUGAUUGGAGAGAAUAUUUACCGGGGCCCUACUUCUACCAUUUCAAGAUAUGGUACUACUCAUGCCAUAAAUAUUACGGGUGUGGGAAAAGAUGAGAAGACUGGUGAGAAAUUUGUUUGGGCGAAAUCAAGCCACGGUUUGAAAUUUGGUGUUGCUGGAUACAUGAAGGUGUCAAUAGAGAUGAUGAUGAUGUGCCUUACGACCGGUAAGUAUGGGGAGUUUGUUGACAACCCAUUUCGGUCUCUGUUCGAAUUUGUGUACCCAACCCUUCUCUCCGAGGAAGAUGAAGAAAAACGCAAGAGACAAGAGGAUGUCACUUCGAAUGCUUGAUUCCAAACUGGUGGGACAGACUGAUGUAGGGAGACUAAUCGUUUAAGACUUUCAAAAUUCUUGUUUAAUUUCUUAUUUUCCUUUGUGGGUUUCUUAGGUGUUUGCCUUCUUUUCAAAAGAAAACCCAUACAACCCGAUCCUACCCUUUUUGUGGUUGUUCUGAAACAAACUUGUGAGAGCAAA